GCCAUUCAGUGUUUCCAGGUGUUCCAUGGUGGUCUAACUUCAAUUGACUCAUAAAUUCAACUAUUGAAAUUACAUUUUAUUAAGAAAUUUGUUGUGGAUACACGAAUAUGUGUGCUAAUGAAUACAUACUCUUAAUUUUUCUCACAUACAUAUAUGUAUAUAUAUAUUAAAUAAUAAUCAGAUAAUAUGAUUGGUUGAUUAAAUUUGGUCGAAAUUUUUUAAUUGACCAAUCAGAAUUGUCUCAAUCAGAAAGUGUAUUUCCAUUCUCAAAUUUUUUUUGUUUUUUUUAUUUUAGUUAACAUGACAACUAAUUGGUGAUAUUUCCGAUGUGAUAAUAUGAAGAGACUACUAUUUUUUUCCCCUAUUCUCAGAAUAAAUAAUUGUUGAAUUGUAAUUUGGAUUAUGUUAUAUAGAACUUUGAAUAUUACAUUGUAUUGUACUUCAUUUAUAAAAUAUUAUAUAUAUACUCUUGAACAGAAAUAAUUAUACCUGAGAUAUAAUUUGGACAAUCUAUGUUCUAUACUACUAAUUUUCAUUAAAGACAACAUUGAAAUUUACACUUUAUCAAAACAAAAUAACAAAACAUAAAGUGAAGUACAAGAAAAAAGAAAAAAAGAAAAAAGAAGAAAUAAAAAAAGAAGAAGAAGUAAACAAAGAAGAAGAAGAAGAAGAAGAAAAAGAAGAAAAGAAAAUAUGACAAUGUUAACAUGAUGAAUUAUGAUAAGAUAAUACAAUUUUUUUAAUUAUAAUUAUUAAAUAUAUAGAUGAGAUCAUGUAAAUUUAUACAAGUGAUUAUGUUUUUAUUAUUUAUAAGAUUAGAUAUAUUUAAUUCAACAAUUUAUUCAUUAUCAUUGAAUUAUAUUUCGUCUACAUUAUUAUUACUGUGCUCAUCAACAACAUCAUCAUCAUCAUCAUCUUCAUCAUUAACUUCAAAUGUAUUUGGUCCAUCUAAGCAUAAAGCUUUAUCAUCUAUAUCACUGAAUACUUCUAAUGAUUUGUCAUAUCAAUCAUCAAUAAACAAAAUCAAUAAUAAUAAUGAUAAGAAGAAGAACAAAAACAACACCACCACCAACAACACCACCAACAACACCAAGAACAACAAGAACAAGAACAAGAAAAGGAAUCAAGAUAUAUCAUUGAAAACAUUCAAUAAACAAAUAACUUAUACACUUAUUGAAGAAUCGAAUAUUCCACAAUUUAUUGGUAAUUUAAUAAAUGAUUUUCAAUUAACUAAUUAUUUAUUAAAUUAUAUAUUAAAUGAUUCAUCAUGGAAUAAUAAUCAUAAUAAUAAUAAUUUAAGAAUGAAUACAAUUAAUCAAAGUAAACAAUUAUUAAGUAUUGAUUUAAUUGCUAAUCAAUAUCAAAUAAUCAAUAAUAAUUAUAAUAAUACUGAUCAUCAUCAUUAUUAUUAUAAUAAUAAUAAUGAAUUACCACGUUUAUAUUUAUUUCCAUCAAAUCAAUGGAGUUCUAAAUAUUUUCAUAUUAAUUAUUAUAAUUUAUUUAAACAAGAAUUAAUACAAAUUAAAAAAUUAGAUCGUGAUCAAUUAUGUCAUUGGUAUCAUGAUCAUGAUUAUGAUCAUGAUCAUCAUCAUAAUCAUCUAUUAAAAGAAAUCAAUACAUGUUUUUGUUUUUUAAAUACCUGUACAAUAAUCAAUAAUCAAUCCAAUCUAAAUCAAUUGAAUUUACCAUAUUGUCAAUUUACUAUAACAAUUGCUAUGAAUUUAUUAAAAAUUGGUAUAGAAAUUAUGACAAUUCAUAUUAAAUUAAUUGAUAUUAAUGAUAAUUAUCCAAUAUUUCAAUUAUUUAAUAAAUAUGAAAUUAAUUUUAUGGAAGAUGAUUUAAUUGGUACUAGAUAUCAAUUACCAAUUGCUAUUGAUUAUGAUAUGUGUUUCUAUUCAAAUAUUACUUAUCAAUUACAAUGGAUUGAUUCUAUGAAAUAUCAUUCAUUCAUUAAUUCUAAUCAAUUAAUCAAUAAUCAAUCCAUUAAUGAUUUUAGUUUAAUAUUCAAUAAAAUCAAUAAUCAUGAUAUAUUAGAAAUACAAUUAGAUCAUCAUUUAGAUCGUGAAAAAAUCAAUAAAUAUGAAUUAAAUUUAUUAGCUAUAGAUAAUUAUUAUCAAUUAAAUGAUAUAAAACAUACAACUACUUUACCAUUAAUUAUAUAUAUACAAGAUGUCAAUGAUUGUAAACCUGAAUUCACUUUAAUCAAUAAUAAUAAUAAUAAUAAUCAUAGUAGUAAUGAAGUAUUAUAUCAAUCAAAUGAUCCCUUAUUGAUAGAAGUCUGUGAAGAUGCACCGAUUGGUUAUGUUAUAACAAAAUUUCAUGCAAUUGAUAAAGAUAUUGGAAAAAAUGCUGAAAUCCAAUAUAGAAUAAGUCAGUAUACACAUUCUAUAACAAAAUCGUUUUUUAGACUUAAUUCUACAACUGGUGAAUUAAUAGUACAAGAAUCAUUAGAUCGUGAAAAAUCACCAUUAUCUAAUGAUUUACAUCAUUUAAUUAUUACAGCAUAUGAUCAAGGUAUACCACAACGUAGUUCUAAUUUAUUUAUUCUUAUUAAAAUAUUAGAUAUUAAUGAUAAUUUUCCAAUGAUACAUUUAAUGGAUGAAACAGAUACAUUUGAAAAAUCAAAAUUUAAACAAUCACCAUGGUAUCAAAAUAUUCAAUCCAAUAAUAAUAAUAAUAAUAAUAAUAAUAUGAUUCAAAUCAAUAAUCAAUUAAUCAAUAAAAUGUGGCAAUUUCUUAAUGAUAAUCAUUAUAAUAAAUCAAUAAAUAUUAAUUCUAUUAUUAAUCAAUUAAAUAAUCAUUCUAUUCAUACUAAAAUGAUUGGUAAUCAACCAAUAAAUACAAUAAUAAAUUUUUUAAUUAUUAAUGAUCCAGAUUUAAAUGAAAAUGGUACAGUAUAUUGUGAUAUUAAAAAUCAAUUAUUGAUUUAUUCAUUUAAAUAUUAUGAUCAGAACAAUUCUACUCAUUAUAAUUAUAAUAUAAAUAAUAAACAACAAUUUAUAUUAUUGGAGCCAUUUUAUUUUCUAAAUCAAUUAAAUGAUCAAGAAAAAAAUAAAAAAAUAAAUGAAAAAAAUAAAAAAAUUCAAUUCAAUUCAUUAAUAAAUGAAAAAAUGAUAAGAAAAACAAAAGAACAAAAUAAAACAGGAAGGAAACAAGAUAGAAGGCCGGUUACUAGUACUACUACUACUACUACUAAUAAUAAUAAUAAUAAUAGUAAUAUAGAUUCAUUUUUAAAUCACAAUAAUUAUCAAUUAAGAACUAAUAUGGUAUUUGAUCCUGAUAAAAUAACGGAUUUAUAUUUACAUAUUGAAUGUUCUGAUUAUGGUUUACCAUCCUUAACAACAAUACAAACUAUACAUUUUGAAAUUAUUCAACCAUUUAAUAAUAUACAUUCAUUAUUGAAUAUUUCACAUAUACAAAUCAUAAAUAAAUUAAUUAUUAAUGAUAUAAAUUGUAAUUAUUUUAAUUAUAUUUUACAAAAAAAUUCGAAUAGAAAAUCAAUAUUUAGUUACUAUGAUCAUUUAUCACUAUCGCAACUAAUUUAUCCAACUAUAUUACAUAAUGUAUAUAUGGAAGCUAAAUCAAGUAUAUGUUUAAUAUUAAUGAAAGGUAUUAAAGCAAAUCAACAAUUAUUCAGUAUUAUAGUAAAAACAAAUUAUGAAACGAAUGAUAAUUAUCAAAUUAUAUAUGAAUUAAUUAAAGAGAUACCGAAUGAUCAUUAUUUUACUAUUGAUUCAACAACCGGUAUAGUAAGUUUAAUUAAAGAAUUAAAUCAAUAUAGAAACACAAUUACAAAACAAUUAAUUAUACAAGCAUCAAAAAUUGGUACAUUAUAUGAUUAUUCAAAAGAUCUUAAUUAUAAAAUACAAAUAUUGAUUAAUUUAACCUUGAAUUUUAAUGAUUAUUCUAAUGAUCUAAUCAAGGAUUAUGAUCAUAAUGAUCAAGAUCAUCCUGAUCACGAUCAUCCUGAUCACGAUCAAACAAUAAUUUAUUUACAAAUGAAUUAUUCUAAUUCAUACAUAAAGACAUAUACAAAUGAUACAUAUGAAUUCUAUAUAACAGAUUCAAUUCAUUCAGGGAAUUCAAUAUUAUCAAAUAUUAUAAUUUAUUGUAUAAAUUAUUCAUCAUCCAUUGAUAUUCACAAUGAUCCAGAUCAUAAUUGUGAAUUAACAUUAAAAGAAAUUGAUUCAUCAAUGAUAAUUGAUGAACAAGUAUCAAAAGAUUUUAUUUUAAAACCGAUCAAAUUUUUAUGUAAUAAUAAUAUGAAUUAUCGAUCCGAUCUAUUAUGUAAUGGUUAUACAAUCAAUAUUAAUCAUUUCAUUCAACAUAAAUUAAAAAAUCAAUAUAUUCUCAUGAUAACACCUAGUUUCAUAAUAAAGAAAUUUUCUAAAAAAAAUUCAUUAAAAUCAAUUAAAAUUAUUCUUUAUAUUAAAAAUCAAUAUCAUCAAUAUCAUCAAUAUAAUCAAUAUAUUCCCGAAUCAUUUUAUUUAAUAAAAUCAAUAUAUGAACCAUUCAAUACAAUAUUCAAUAAAAUAGGUUUAAAAUCCCCAUAUUGUAUAACAAAUUUAUCAAUAUCAUAUAAAGUUUUAAAAGAUGAUGUAAUUAUUAAAUUAAAUCAAGGACAUAUUAUGCAACAUAGAAACAAAUUGAUUUAUAUAUUACGUCAUAUUUGGUUACUACCUAAAUUACAUUUGAUUGAUAGUAGUAGUAGUAGUAGCAGUGAUGUUGAAAAAGAAAUUAAAGAUCAUCUAAAACUAUGGAAUGAUAAACCAUUUCUUACAUUAAAUCCAUAUACUGGAAUAUUAAGUGUUAAUAGACAAUUAUUGUUGAUGGAUGUAGGCGAAUAUAUUUUACACAUAGAUAUACAAGAUUAUAGUCAACCUGAAUUAUUUAAUAAAACAUGUAUCAUAUUACUUAAUAUAUUACCAAUGGAACUUCAUCAAAGACCAAUAAAUGAUUUACCUGAUUCUAUAUCAUCAUAUAAUCCUAUAUCUAUGUCUUCUUCCUAUUCAACAUCGUCAUCAUCAUCAUUAUCAUCAUCCUCAUUAUCAUCAAGUUCAUCUGUACAUUCUCCUGUGAAUUCAUCCACAUCUAUUGACCUUUAUAAUCAUAAUGUAUAUAAUUUACCAGAACAAAAUACCAAUCAUUUUUUUAAAUUUUCCCUUGGUAACAAUGAAUUCAUUAAAACAAAUAAACAUUUAUUAUUACCUAUGAUACUUAUCACCAUAGUAAUUAUAUUUAUAAUAAUAAUUAUUAUUAUUAUGAUUAUUAUUUAUCGUAUUAAAUUUAAAUCAAAAUUAAUUAAUAAAUAUAAAUCUAAUGUAAAUAUCAUUAUGGAUGAACAAAAUCAAUUAUUAUGUUUAACAUCAAAUUAUAAUGAAGAGAUACUACUUAAACCAAUGAAUAGUAGUAGUAAUCAUAACAGUAGUAGUAAUAAUAAUAAUAAUAAUAGUAAUAACAGUAAUAGUAGUAUAAAUAUAAGUAGAAAUAGUAUAUAUAGUCAUAAUGAAAUAAAUCAUCAUUAUCAUUCAAAUGAUAUUAUUCCAUUAAAUAAUUGUCUUCCUAUAACAACAAAUCUAUAUUAUACAAAUGUAUUAUAUAAUGAUAAUAUAAGAAAUUCAACUAAUUCACAGGUUGGAUACAAUAUGAUUCAUGGAAAUGAACCUGUAUACACAUGGAUGAAUAUAAUUGAAGAUGAUCAACAAUUACCAAAUAUUGAUUAUACAUUUACUAAUCAUUCUGUUGUAAAUAAUUUCUACAAAAAUUAUGAAGAUGAUACUCAACAGAUUACUUUAACAGAAACAAGAUCAAAUAUGUAACAGAGAAAAGAUUAUCAUUAUUAUUAUUACUACUCCAUUGUUAUUAUAUGUAAUUGUUAUAUUACUGAUUA